GGGGCGGGGGGUGAAGGAGGGCUUUUAGGUAAUUUGAAAAGUUUCUAGGGUUUUGAGAAGUCGUAAUUUAUUUACUUUUCUUUAUUUUUUGUGGCACCCAACGUUGGUGUUUAUGAUUUAGCCCUCAAAAAUCUGGAGUAAAUAAUAGGAAAUAAUACCUAAAAUCUGUGAAAAGAUUUAGAUUUGUGAUAGAAAGGAAAGCGGAUUGUGGAAUCGUAGGGGAGGAGCGGAUGCUGGCUUUGAUUUGAUUGGAGUUUCAACUCAACCCAACCCCAGGCAAAGCAGCUCGAUCAAUCUGGAAGAUGGAAAGGGGAUUUGGAGGCCAAAGUCGUGGGGAAAUCUGCUGCUUCCUUGGUUCAUAAAUGCGCAUAACCGUCUCUGUUUCUUGUUUUUUUCUUUGUGGAUUAUAUUACAGGAACAUAGACAAAAUUUCCGCCACAACGCAACCGAAAGAAAAUGGAUCCUGGUCCUGGUCGCUACCCUCUUCAGCAAGGAUGGGAUAAUAACAGCGCUCUUGAUGGGUUUUCUGCUGUUCAUGACCCCAAUUUUCGCAGGGUCAGUGGUUCAUAUGAUGAGAGGAGAUUUCUAGAUGAAAGAUACUCAAGGGAUGAUGUCUAUCCAAGAAGUUCCUACCACCGAGAUUUUCUAGAGAGGGAUAACCACCCCCUUCCUCCUGCACCUGCUGGUAUCUGGUCUCAAUCAAGGAGGAGAAGUUAUGAGGAAGAAUAUCCCCAUGAUCGGGAUUCUAGGCGUCACCAGAAGACUUAUGUUGAUUCAUAUAGUGACAUGGAUACAUUUCAUGAUCAUGAAAUUAAUUCAUUUCGAGAUUUUGAUAAAUUUCGGGAUGGCUAUCGUGGUGUUGACAACUUUCGUGAUCAUGAAUUUGACAGGCCCUCUAGGUAUGGGGGACGAGAACGAGAUGACUACUCAUAUGAUGAUUAUGACAAUAGACCCCGCAUGUCCCAUCAGAGCAGGGGAAAUAGCCAUGAGAGGGAUUAUGAAUAUGGUAGACAUAGUUACGAUUCCGAUUAUGAAAGAGGCAGUUGGAGAGAUGGCAAUUGGAGGAGGCGUGAAUCACGUGAUCGAGAUCGCUUGAGUAGAGAGAGAGAUCAGAGUCCACAUAAAAGGCAUGAGAGGUCUCGAUCACGAUCCCAUGGAAAUGACGAUCGUCCUAGAUCCAGGUCACCUCGAGGUCGAAACCAUGGGCGAAGCCAUCGAGAUGACAGCUAUGAUGAUGAUCGAAAUGAGAAAACCGAGAAGAGAAGGGACCGUGAAGAGAAAUAUCAGCGUGAGCGUUACUCUGUGGCACCAUCUGCAACUGUUGUUGUAAAGGGUCUCUCACAGAAAACAACAGAAGAAGAUCUAUACCAGAUUCUUGCUGAAUGGGGGCCACUUCGCCAUGUCCGUGUGAUCAAAGAGAGAAAUUCUGGCAUUUCUCGAGGAUUUGCUUUUAUCGAUUUUCCUUCUGUGGGGGCAGCACGCACAAUGAUGGAUAGGAUUGGUGAUGAUGGUCUUGUUGUUGAUGGUAGGAAGCUUUUCUUUGAGUACAGUAGUAAGCCAACUGGGGGCACUGGUGGACCUUUUGGUCAUGAUAAUGCAGUUAAAUCUGGUCAUUCAAAUCAUAAGAGCAUUGCAGUACCUUCUGAUUGGAUGUGCACAAUUUGUGGAUGUGUCAAUUUUGCACGGCGAACGUCAUGCUUUCAGUGUAACGAGCCACGUACUGAUGAUUCUCCAGCAGCUGACAUAUCUUUAUCAAAUUCAACCACGUUAGGAAAGAAAGGAUCUGAGUCAGGUCCUACUCAUGUAUUGGUUGUGCGAGGGUUGGAUGAAAAUGCUGAUGAGGAAAUGCUUCGAUAUGAGUUUUCUAAACAUGCUCCAAUUAAGGAUCUUCGCCUUGUUAGAGACAAGUUCACCCAUGUUUCAAGGGGAUUUGCUUUUGUACAUUUCCAUUCGGUGGGUGAUGCUACAAAAGCUCUUGAAGCUACAAAUGGAACAACCCUUGAGAAGAAUGGACAAAUAUUAAGGGUUGCAUAUGCAAAGAGCAUUCUUGGGCCAGGAUCAGGGACAUUGGGACCUUCACAGUCAAGCAGCCUUGCAGCUGCUGCAAUUGAGGCAGCAGCGUUUUCACAACAGUAUGAUGCUGUUGGAUGGACACCAAAGGAAUAUAAUCCAGAUGACAAACAGUCUACUAGCUGGCAGGAGCAAUCCGUUGGUUCAGUUGCAGUUCAACAAGAUGGUUCGGCUUUGCAUUCUGGAUUUGUAUGGGAUGAAGCCUCUGGUUACUAUUUUGAUGCUGCAUCUGGGUUUUACUAUGAUGGAAAUACAGGUCUUUAUUAUGAUGGUAACAGUGGGAUUUGGUAUUCAUAUGAUAACCAAUCUCAGCAGUACAUCCCUUGCAGUGAUCAGAAUGACAACAAAACACCUCUUAAACAAUCUGAGGCUUCCAAAGGAGCUGAUGGUUCCAGUAAUCGGAAAGUAGUAAUAUCUGCACCAGCUGCUACUGUCACAUCAGUUGAGAAGGCAGCCUCAUUACCAGAUGUGGUUCAAGCUGCUGCAACAGCAGCACUAGCUGCAGAGAAGAAAGAGAAGGAGAAAUCAAAAGAGAUAAAACUUGCUUCGAAAAGCAGUAUACUGGCUAAUAAGAAGAAAAUGAAUAAUGUAUUGACAAUGUGGAAACAGAGGAGUCAUGAGGGGCAGGCAACCCGUUUGGCUCUUGAUGACAAUCACCUGUCUGCUUCAUCUGAGGAUAGACCUCUGUCGGCUGGACAACAUGCAAAGAGCAAGGUUAAAUUUGAUAUGAUAGGCCUGAAGGAGAGUAAUACAUCAAGUUCAGGAGUCAAUACAACUGUCCAAGCUGUAUUGACUGGGGGUUCGGAGUCUUUGGUCAAGCCAAGGCCUGUAAGCAACAGCUCAGGGGGGACUUUAAUGGGAGUAAUAAGAGGCUCUGCGAGGGGCCUGGUGAAGUCUGAUACUCCAUACUCUGGAUCAUCUGCUGGAGUUUCCACCUCUUCAGCUGUUGGAAGUGCUGAUGAUUCAUUUUCAUCAACAAAUUCAGAUAUACCCACAGUUAUGACUCCCUUUAGGACGGAUGCAUCUGCAUUGGGUUCUUAUACACCUUCGACUGUAACUGGGAGUGGUAAAAGAAGGUUUUCUGAAACACCAGUGUCUUCUAUUACUAACAAGGAGCAGUCUCAAACUGCAUAUAGGGACCGUGCGGCUGAGAGGAGAAACUUGUAUGGUUCAUCAUCUUCCACUGGAGAUGGUCAGCCUGACCAUGAGUUAUGGAAUUCAAAUCGAGAAUUGGCAUUCAAAAAAUUCUCCUCAGAUCCAAUGCCUUUCCCACCUGGGGUUGGUGGUGGACGUGGGGUUGUGUCAGAUGAUGUUCAGAGCUUUGAGGUGAUUACAGCAGAGAAAGCUAUUGAUGAGAACAAUGUGGGCAACCGAAUGCUCCGCAGUAUGGGUUGGCAUGAAGGAUUGGGAUUGGGGAAGGAUGGAAGUGGAAUGAUAGAACCAGUUCAAGCACAGGCCGUGGAUAGUAGAGCAGGACUCGGAAGUCAGGUGAAGAAGUUGGACCGUAGCCUUGAGGUGCAAGCCGGCGAUAGUUACAAAACUGUCAUUCACAAGAAAGCACUUGCUAGGUUCCGGGAAAUGUCGUAGCUGGUUAGAUUCAUUUUAUUCUAAAGGCAUGUCUUUGUUCAUAAACAUACUUAUAUCCAUAAUAAUGAAUCUUGAGGUGAUUUGAAACUUUUAGUCAGCAAUUUGGAAUGAAAUUCAGAUUUAUAGCUUUUAAUUAUAUCCUAGUGAAUGAGUGAAUUGCUUUUGGAGGCCUCGUUAAGGUCUUUUUUUUUUUUGGUUAACUUAUUAUUAUUUUUUUUGUGGCAAAAUGCCAGUAUUAAAGUCUCAACUUUAUUUACCGAUUGGCUUAAAAUGCAUCAAUUGCUAUCAGUCAGACUUUAAGUGGUAUGCUUUUAUCACUUGGUUUCCUUCCUUUUAUCAAUGGGUUUCCUUCCUAACUAGUACUGCACAAAUUGAGAUUUGGAUAUAUAUCCACACAAAAUAAAUUAAUGAAUCAAAUAGAAUGUCAUCAAUGUAGAUCAGGGUAUCGACAAGAAUAGGAGCAGAAAUUUGUCAUUGUUUUUGGGAAGUGACAGCUAUAUUCAAUUUAAAGGCUAUAAGUAUCCACUGAAUUGUAUUGCGGGAUAUAGAAGGUUAUUUUGUAUCUCUGAAGGAUGGAUAUUUAAACUAUAAAAAUUUUGCUUGGAGAUCAAAUUUUGAGAACAAUUUUGCUUGGGACAAACUUGUAAAAAGGGUUUUCUUGUUUGGGAGAAAGUUUGUUAUCUGCAAGGAAAAGAUUAAGAGGUUUAUAAUUAAUAAUCAAUAACUAGUUCUGAUUUUUUGUUAACAUAAAAUGCUACAAAUGCUCAUGGAGAGGAAGUGGUUUAAAGUCAUUGUGACUAUAAUUGUUAGAGUGUUCCUGAUUGAUACUCGAAUUUGCCAUCUUUUGUAAGAUUCACAUUCUCAUCUUUUUUUAAACAAAGGGUUAUCAAGGAUUCAGAGUUUUGCUAAAGUUGGUAUCUGCAUUUUUUAGGGUAUUUCGAGUGUUUGUUUACACGUCAAAUCAAAAUUAAUUUAUACUUGGUUUCCCGAAAA